CAUGGCGACAGUUCACUCACGGCAGUCGCGAAAUAAACGCUGCAGGCUAUAGACCCAUACAACCAGAGAAGCGAUCAAGAUCAGAUAUAUAGAAUCACAGAUCGAAGGGAUAUAUUAUCGGUGUCCAGGAGGAUUUUAAACUAUUCAUAAACUUCAAAAUUUAGUUUUACUAUAAAGUUUUUAAAGACUACACUAUUGACUAUAGCUUGAUCUAUAUUUGAUCUGAUCGGGAAAGACCAAAUUGCUAUCAAAGUGAUCUCAUAGAUCCUUGAAAGAACUAAACUAAAUACUAAACUCAGUGCCUUUUUGUUUGAGUGUUUCGUAUCCGUGAGAUUUCGAAGUGUCGUGCUUGGAAAAGUUAACACCACAUCCGGAAAAACAUACAGAAUCGAGAUGAUUUGCCCGAAGAGAACCUCGGAGCUGCUGGACCUCCACCUGGCGCCCUUCAAGGACAAGGAUCCCGCCUGGGAGAUCGGCGUUUCGAAGAUAGCCGGACGCGGAGUGAUGGCCACUCGGAGCCUGAAGCGGGGCGAGGUCAUCUUCAAGGAUAGCCCGCUCCUGAUGGGACUGGCGGCCCACGAGGAGGAUGCGCUCAAUGCGUGCACCGUGUGCCUGAAGGAACUCCCAGACACGAAGUUCAUGUGCCGGCAGGGAUGCGGACUACCGGUGUGUCCUUUGUGCGCCAAGAAAAAGCAGCACAAGACCGACUGCGACAUGUUCAAGUCUUGGGGUCCCAACGAGCCGGAGGUGGCCAACUCGGUGAUUAUCCGGCUGCUGUGCAUCGCCCGGGCCAUCAAUCUGACCAAGGACCAGCGCGAUCUGAUCUACUGCCUGCAGGCGAACCUGGACAACAACCAUCGCACCGAGGUCCGGAACGCGGCCAAGUGCUUCAAGAACUUCCCCACUGACAAGAAGCUCAUCGAGAUCAUGAACCGCACCGUCGCCGUGAUGAGGACCAAUGGCUUCGACAAGACCACCGACCGGACGAACGACAACCAGGAGUUCAACUACCGCGCCCUCUACCCCCUCUUCGGGGUGAUGAACCACGACUGCAUUCCCAACUCGUACUACACCUUCGACGAGAAGACCAACCACAUGCUCGUCCGGGCCGCCGUCGACAUCCCGGAGGGCUUCGAGAUCACCACCACCUACACCAAGCUCUUCACCGGCAACAUAGCCCGUCAUCUCUUCCUCAAGAUGAAGAAGGGAUUCACCUGCAAGUGUCCACGCUGUUCAGAUCCAACGGAGAAAGGCGCCUUCAUCUCGGGCCUGUACUGCCGGGACACAAACUGCACGGGCCUGGUGGUGCCGGAGAUCACCGGACUGCCCCAUCCGAACUGGAACUGCCUGGAGUGCAAGCAAAAGUCCACCCACGCCCAGAUGAUGAAGUCCCAGGACUUCGCCAGCGGUGCCAUCAACGCCAAGUCCAACUCGAACUCGCUGCGGACCCUGGUGCAGUACCUGAACGAGAAGUGCGCAAGCUUCAUCCCAGAUACCAACUACGUGGUGAUCGACGCCAAGAUGACGGUGCUCCAGCGGCUGCAGGUGGGCCGGGAGGACUGCUCCGAGGAGCUGGCGGCCAACACCCGGCUACGCUACAGCCGCGACAUCACCCAAGUGAUGGACAAACUGGGCCUGGGCGACUCCCUGCUGCGCACCCAGCUGGAGGAGCUGCUCAAGCGCGAGGAGGAGCGGCGCGCCAAGCGGCAGGCUGAGGAGGCCGAGAAGCAGCGAAAGCUGGCGGAGCUCCAGGCAAAGGCCGCCGAGGCGGACAAGAUCCUGGCCGCCUUCGAGGCUGAGCAAGCGGCCGAGGCGGCAGCAGGCACCUCCGCAUCCUCGGCGGGAGAUCCUGCCACCGCUCCGGCUCCUCCGCCGCUGGCCGAGUCCGUCUAGAG